AUGUCUAACAAAGAAAGUGAUUAUUCUAAAACAAAACCAGAAUCGUCUAAGAAACCUACAGCUGGCACUCGAUCCACCAGUAACAAUAAUGACAGUGACAAUGAAGGUGAGAAUGAAUUAAUCACUCUACAACGCCACUAUCACAAACUUGAAGUCCAGAAAAAAGCAGAAGAGAAGGAAUUUUGUUACACAAUCCGAAAGCAGAGAGAAUUACUUCAAAAGUUAAAUAAAGAAAGAGAAGAAAUUUUGAUCAAUCUCGUGGGAAGUCACGGCCAAAUUAAAGUGUCCAAAGAACACAAGGUGGCAAUUGCAAUAAAAUCAUUGCUUGAGAAAAGUGAAGAUGUUGAUGACAAAAUUAAGAACGAAAAUGAAAAACUGCGGGACCUUGACAUAGAGAUAAAUGAAGUACAAAAAAAACUCCAGAAAGAUCGAACAGGCUUUGCCCUGAAAGAAGAUUCCAGCAGGAAAAUACAAAGGCUAACAAACCAGUUAGCACAGGCAAACAAAAGAUUCUGCUCUGUAUUAUCCAGCAAUUCGAAGUUACGUCAAGAAAUACAGACCAUGCAAGGAGAAAAAGAGAAUUUUCAGAAGUUGUAUGAUAAACUUCUUCAUGAACUACAGGAAACCCGAAAAAAGGCAGAUGUCAUCCUUGAAAAGGGAAAUGAAUUCCAUCACACAAGAGAAGAGGUCCAGGCGAAAAUCAUACGGAUUUAUGACCAGCAGGAAAAGGAUACUGAACUGUAUAAUGCAGAAAUGAGGGAGAUCCAGAGAGAGCUGAACCAUGUUCACAAAGUUGAAGCAUUCCUGCAGGAAAAGACAAAAGAAAGAAGACAUGACCAGGAGUUUCUUAAAGCCAUGGAAAAAAGAGAGGCCAAGGAGAGAGAGCAGACAAUUGAGCUCAAGGUCACCCUGAAUAAAUAUGAAGAAGCUAUUGAGAAAAUCAAUGAAAUAAUUGAAAAGACAACAAAGAAGAAAAAUAUAAAUCAACAGAGAAGGAGCAAAGCAGACAAACACACCGCUGAAGGGAAAGCAGAUGAUGAAAGAAAGCAUCUCUGGGAAUUGGUUAACAGAAGGAAAUCUAUUAUACUGAGUCCACGGUUUAAAGAGGCACUGGGAGACAGUGACACUGAGAGAAGGAGCAGAAGGGGCACUGAAUAUAGGCGGAGGUCUACUUUGCUCCUGGGAGUGUUGCAGGAGGAACAAAUCAGACUGAAAGAGCUGAUGAGCAAACCAUUGGAGCAGCAAGAAAAAAUAGAUGAAAAAGAUUUUCCAGAUUUUGAUGCUGAACUGUUCUUUAAUAUUUACAUGGAAAGGGAAGACCUCAAUUUUGCACUAUUUAACUAUGUCACUGAACAGACAAGUGAAAUAGAGGACAUUCGGGAGCAAAUUGAACAGCUCAAACUGAAUAUUGAGUUACAGAGAGACAGAGAUUGUGCUGUAAGCCAAGAGCGUAUGAACAUUAUGAAAGUACUUGAAAUGACCCUGAAAGAUGCUGUGGAGGCUUCAAGCAAAUUUAAAACAGAUGUGGGGAAAUAUAAGAAGAUUUUAGGUCAUAUAAGAAAAGGUGUACUGGAACUGGCAACAAAGAUUGGGGUUAAUACAGCAACCUUUGCCAAUUCUCUGGGAUGGAGGGGUGACAGAUGCUAUCAAUAG